UACUUGCCGUUUUGAAUUUUCCGUAAACGAUAGCUGAUAAGGAGCCAUGCAUAAUAAGGUUUUGGUGCAGGUAUCACGUUAUUAUUUAUCAGGGUUUAAUAACUGUACUGUUCAUGUUGAUUUGGAGGCUUGGAGCUUUCUUUGUUAUUGCAAUUGUUCCUUAACGUGGUGGUUUUGGGAUUUGUAACGGGUUUUUAUUUUUUCACAAAUCGACUUUUCGAUCACUGAGUCCACGAAUAAACUUUCUUCUUCAGGCUUUCUUCCACCCGGGCGCCUAGAAUUUAGACUGCCCUGAAAGUACAGAGUGCAGUAAUAACAAUGACAUUCUCUAUGUUUACACGUAUCCCUUCGAUGACUACGGACUGGAGAUUCCCCCGAAGUACAAAUGGCAAUACGCCUUAUUGAUCUAAUUGGGAUUUCUGUUUUCUUAAUCGCCAUAACGUCAGUUGUCGCUGCCGGAUACACGCUGUUCGGUAACGCGUUGGAAGCUAUCGGUUUUGUGGUGUCUGGCUUUGUGGGCACCGUCUUCGGCGUGAUUUCAGUUCCCUUCGUUGCCAUAAAGUCAGUUGUCGCUGUCCAAUGGGCGCUGUUUGAUGCCAUCCGGUUUGUGGCGAACAUUGUCCUGGACGUUGUUUGCGUUCCCCUUAUCGCCAUAAAGUCAAACGUUGUCGCUGCCGAAAAUGCGCUGUUUGAUGCCAUCCAUAGUUUUGAGAUGGGUGUCUAUUUCGAGGUGGUCCAAGUGUGGCUUGUCCGCCUCCUCAUCUCCUUAUUCUGCAUGGCUUUCGUGGCGUACAUCGCACGCCUGGUGUGGACCAACCGGUGGGGUCUGACCGGCUUCGUGCGGAACGGGGUAUAUGCCAGCUUCAGGAAAAUCAAAACAGACUCAAAACAGACGCAUUAUAAUAGCGCCAUUACAGCAUCCGCCGUGCCAUCACUGAAUUCAUCCAGAACGGAAAGGCGGGAUCCGGACGAACGCCACGCCAAAGCGUGUGUCAUUUGUCAGGAUAAUGUGCGCAACAUGGUCUGCAUUCCGUGUCGGCAUUUCGCACUGUGUGAAGACUGCGCCCAUCGUCUGUCCACCGGAAACUUCGCACACGGCAAAUCAUGCCCUAUGUGCCGAGUGCCGAUUCGGGAACUGAUGAAAGUUUACAUCUAACGGUCUAAUACCAUUAUCGUACAAAUUGUCUGCAGUAUAUGAUUUUAUGGUGUUGCACAGCCUCAGUAAUUUCAGGAGAUAAACGCAUCAUUGGACAGUAUUGCGUCGAUUUUUUGUAUUCUCCUGCCGCACAGUUUUUUUCCGCCCAAGAGUCUGCUUAAUUAAUUCCGUGCUUUCGUAUUCUUAAUGUGAUUCUGUAAAUAAUACUGCAUGUUCGA